AUCAAUGAAUCGGAACGAAGAUUGUUACGUUUAAUCGGAAACGAUGCUUAAUAGCCGGUUGUUACACGAAACAUUUCGGCAGGCAAAGUUAAAUUUUAGACGGCUCGAGAACUUGAACGUAGCUGAACGAUGCGAUAAACGGAACUUGAAUCUUGAACUUGAAUAUAUGCUCGAGAUUUGCUCUCGUUUUCAUCCAACGUACAUGCGACACACACACGCACGCGCGCGCACACACACACACACACACACACACACACACACACACACACAUACACCUGUACUUAGGCGAGCACAUUGUGCACACAGUUGUUUCGCGAGCGCACGAAUGCACAAUGCACGCGUGCGCUUAUAAACAAAGUAUGUAUCUAAUAGAAUAUCGAUGAAUACUUGAGAGCGAACAAAAAUCGAGAUAUCUAUUUACUAAUUACUAUAGACGUCACUUGUGCAGACAUAAACAUUACAGAGAAUCUUCUGUUACUCAUAUUAUUGCAUAUAUAUACAUAUGUAUAUGUAUAUGUAUAUGUAUUAUAUAUGUAUAUAUGUAUAUGUAUAAUACAUAUAUAUACAUAUACAUAUACAUGUAUAUGUAUAUGUAUAAUAUAUAUAUAUUAUAUAUAAAUUUUAUUGUAUAAAUUCUAUCGAGAUACGCCUCAGAGACAGACUCUUUGUAUCCUUUUUUCUCGGUCUGUGUAAUUUUUUGUCCGCAGUGAAAUUGUAUAGAUUAUGUAGGUACUUGGCUAUCGUGAGAAUCACGUAUGAUUCAUUUGUCUCGAUAUGCUAAAUGUGAAAGGCGAGUGCAAUUUUUCAAAUAUUAUGCACUAUCGCAUCGACGUGACAGUUUCACCGUUUGCAUUUUAAUUUAUAGAAUGUACACGCAUCGAGAAAUCCCAGACACCCGAUAUUGUACUCGUUCACGUAUUUCUAUUCAGGACUUGUGACAAUCAAUGCCAAUUUUCAAGUAAUAUUUUUUUUCCUGAAAGGGACUGCGACAACAAGGACAAAAAAUGUAAUAGUAAUAAUAUUAGUAGUAAUAAUUGUAACAACGACAGCGGCAGAUGAUAACAAUAAUAACGAUAGCGAUAAAAAAAAAAUGGAAAGGUCAAACUACAGCAAGCGAGAGAACGACAGAUAAAUAGAUAGAUAGAUAGAUAGAUAGAUAGAUAGAUAGAUAGAUAGAUAGAUAAAAAGGAGAUGUUGAUAAAAAUUUGACAGAAAGUAAAUUGGAUAUGUUGGCUCGAGUGGUAUCGAAACGGUUACGAUCAUGUAUCGCAGAGAAAUUACUUUGAGAAAUACGUUACUUUUUGAUACGCCCUUAUAACGCGCGCGUAUGUAUGUAGGUAUACCGAAUGUAUGUACAUAGUCGCAGCUUACGAUAAAUAUUCACAUGCUCGGAACUCGUUUCUCCUGUUAUAAAAAAAACUGUUUCUAACUCGCAGCCAUGAUAUUAAAAUUAUUUGGAAAAUUUACAAGUUCCUGAAAAUUUGGUAACCACGUGGUGCGAAUGACGAAAAGAUGUCGAGUGUAGCCCGAAAAUGGUGUCGUGGGAUACUCUAGCUCGGAGGCGUAUCUCUUAAUAGUUGGCCUAGUGUAUCGAGUUUCGUAUUUUUGUCCUGGUCGCAGUGGAUCGUCGAGCAAUUUAUCAUCAUCUAUUGUACGACUAUUGGACUUUCACCAAAAAUUUUAUCGAUAUAAACUUUAUCGCUACCGUUGAAUGUAAUAUACUUGAAAUUAUAACUUGGAUGAUAAAAACUUGGGUAUAAUUAUGAUUACGUUUUACGUUUUAUGAUUACGAUUACGAUUACGAUUACGAUUACGAUUACGAUUACGAUUACGAUUACGAUUACGAUCACGAUCACGAUCACGAUCACGAUCACGAUCACGAUCACGAUCACGAUCACGGUCACGAUCACGAUCACGAUCACGAUCACGAUUACGAUUACGAUCACGAUCACGAUCACGAUUACGAUUACGGGCAAAGUAUGUAUCUCGAAAAUGGAAAGCGAGCGAUACGAGCGAUAUGGAAUGAAAGGAGAUCAAAGUUGAAAGAAAGGGGGAGCUUGAGUGGAUGGGAUAGAGAAGGAGGCAGGAGAGAGAGAUCGAGAGCACGGCGAAAGCCAAGUUGGAGUUUGGGAGAGAUCGAUCGAUCGAUUCACGUUUAUUAGGAAACAUUUGUUUAUUAGAGCCUCGUUGCAAAGAGAGAGAAUGAGAAAGAAAGAACAAGCGUGUGCAAGGCCAUUUAGCGAGCCGUAAAGGCGAAAAUUUUAGGUGGUUGAUAGAAUUAUUGUAGAAUAUAAGCGGGAAUGUCGCGGUGGGUGUGCGGUGACGUUAUUAUAACGAAACAAUGAUAGGAUAAAGUAACGAUAUACAUAAACAACAAGUCUUUCCACAUUGUUUUCCUUUCGUUGACGUACACAUGUCACGCAAUCGUGUGCGGUGAACCAGGAAUGAAAAUAAUUUUGUAUCUAAGAAUACAAACGCAAUGCAAACUGCUUAUCGUUUAUGUUUUUUCAUCUAUUGUGUAAUUAUACAUUAGUAACGAAUAUUAUAAUUACGAUAAUUGCUGUACUUAUUGUUAUUGUUCCUGGGUUAUGCGGAAAUGUUCAAAAGUGAUCCAUUUGUACAAUCAUUGAGUCAUUAAAAUAUGAUUAUCCAGUACGAUAACUGUUUGAUCAAUACUGUUGUAUUCGAAAAUGAAGGAAUGUCAGGUAUAGAAGAUAUUCUCAUACUUUUGCUUCGUUGGGUAAUUAAUGAAUUAUCAACAGGUGAUUUCUGGACGCGCGGUAUCGAUAAGACGCAGGUGUGCAGGAAUCAACUAAUCCAGUAAUCGACUAAUCUCUUUCGAAUCGUAUCGCGACUCAGAGAGAAGAUUUCUGAAUGCUUUCUCGCUUUUAAUAAAGGUGUAUGCCUCUAUUUUUCUCUGAUAAUCGUCAAGUUCAUUGGUAUUCAGCUGUACGAUAAAGCACUCGACGAUAAUUUUUUGUCCCCGAAAUCAAGAAUAACGGAUAAUCAGCUUUUCGUUCGAUUAGUCGAAGCCGAUUCCUCGAUCGACCGACCGACCGACUAGAACGAUGAAAUACCUGUAACGUUAAUAUUAAAUACCUCUGAAACUAUCAAAAUUAACCGAUAUUUACCAGUAUUAUCGUUUAAUUAUAUCACGAGUAAUCGCGACGUGGGCGCGGCGUGCAGCUGAUAGAUCUGAUUGUGAGACCACGGUGCGGCAUACACGUAAUUAGUUGAUUACACCAAUCAAAGGGAACAGGCAAGCUAAGGAGCGAACAAGGAAGCUGACAAAUUAAAUCCAACCAACGAACGGAUAAACAAAUAUUUCUUGACAAAUAUUUAAUAUGAGACACAAUCAAAUGCUACGCAUUUUGUUGAUAUUCUGUUGGUUUUUACCAUUAUCGCAUAGUAAUAGAGAAGAGUAUCGUUGCGUAUGGUAUGGAGACUGUGGCCCUUCGUUCGAAAAGCCAAGUUUGAAUUAUACGUGUGCCUCCGAUGAUCCUCCUAGUCGAAUCAACGAUACCAAAGUCGCGAUGCUUUUGCGCGAUAAAUGCCCGCAAUACUUUAAAGACACCGAUGAUCCGAGAUUAUGUUGCGACGUUACCAAUAUUAGGACGCUGCUUAGUCAGAUGAAUAUGAUCGAGGGGAUUUUCGGCAGGUGUUCAACAUGCGUGAAAAAUGCGUACAAAUUAAUAUGCGAUUUAAGCUGUAGUCCUGAACAGAGUAGGUUCAUCAAAGUUACAAAAACUGAUAAAAAUAACGAAGGCAAGGAAUACGUGAAAGAAAUCGAGGUUUAUAUCACGGAAGAAUACAUGAAUACUACUUUCGACUCUUGCAAAAACAUAGUUAAUCCAGCUAGUGGAAAUUUAGCCAUGGAUUUGGCUUGUGGUAUUCACGGAGCCAGUUGGUGCACAGCGGAAAAGUGGUACCAAUAUCAAGGUGAUGUGGAUGCGAAUGAUUUUGUAACUUUCGGAAUGCAUUUCAUAACCAAUACCACGAAUCGUUGGGACGAAUCGGUAAAAACAUGUAACGAAGCGUACAAUGGCUUGUCGGCGUGUAGCUGCGUCGAUUGUCCAGCAGCCUGUCCUUUCACAAAAAUAGAACGAGACGAUACCCACUUUACUAUUUUCGGAUACAACGGCUAUGGAGUUUUAGCAGGAAUUCUAGUUACUCUAUUCAUCUUAUCAACGGUAAUCGUUUACAGACUUGCCAGAAGAAGACCUUGUUGUUCAGGUACUGGUUUGGCUGACGACGCCGACAUCGACGAUAAGAUAGAGGAAUCGAAAUCAAAUUGGCGCGAAACUUUUCACGAUACGUUUCGUGUGUUUUUCUUUGCUUGGGGUAAAGCGUUCGCAAAGUAUCCGGUCAUAGCACUUUUUACGAUUUCGUAUGUAAUAUUGGGACUGAGCUACGGCAUUACUCGGCUUUCCGUAACAAGCGAUCCGAUUGAAAUUUGGGCGGCGCCCACCAGCAGAUCAAGAAUCGAGAAAGAUUAUUUCGAUUCACAUUUUCAACCUUUCUACAGAACGGAACAGAUUUAUAUAAAAUCGGUGGGACUCGAUAAGGUGCUGCACAACACAUCGAACGGGCCUCUUGAAUUUGGUCCCGUCUUUGCUAAGGAAUUUCUACUCGCUGUAUACGAUCUUCAAAAUAAAAUUCUCCAACUUGGACAAGACGUUGGAGAAGGAUUGGAACGCAUUUGCUAUGCUCCAGUUCGGAGUGAUUUUACAGGGCCCACUACUUUGAAUCUUUGCACCGUUCAAAGCGUUUGGGGAUAUUUUCAAAACGAUUUCGAAACUUUUAAUCGAACGACUGUUUCCGGUUCGUACCAAAGAAAUUAUUUGGAUCAUUUGUACGAGUGCGCGCAAAACGCGUACAAUCCUUCCUGCAUGGCACCGUACAAAGGACCAGUCGUGCCUGCGAUAGCCUACGGAGGAUUUCUUCGAGACAACAAGUUUCUUUACGAUUCGAAAGAUUACAUAACGGCAACCGGAUUGGUUUUAACAUUUCUCGUAAAAAACUCGUUAAACGAAUCUGCACUCGAAUCGACACACAAAUGGGAACAGCGGUUUCUCGAUUUCAUGAAAGAAUGGGACGUUAUCGAUCGUCCGAAAUUUAUGGAUGUCGCGUAUAGUAGCGAAAAAUCGAUUCAGGACGAAUUGGAGAGAUCGUCGAGAGCAGAAGUAUCGACAGCAGUUUUCAGCUACGCGUUAAUGUUUGUUUACGUUACCGUUGCUCUCGGUAAAAUAAGCUGUAGCUUCAAAGGAUACUUUACAAACAGUAAAAUGAUGCUCAGUAUUGGCGGAAUAAUCAUAGUAAUGGCGUCCGUAGCUUGUUCCCUCGGUGUAUUUGGCUACAUCGGAGUACCCACGACGUUACUUACCAUCGAGGUAAUUCCAUUUUUGGUACUAGCCGUGGGCGUGGAUAAUAUAUUUAUAUUGGUCCAAAGGCACGAGAGAAAUCCAAAACGUUUCGAAGAAUCGAUACCCGAUCAUAUCGGACGAAUUAUGGUCGAAGUUGGUCCAUCGAUUUUGCUUACCAGUACUUCCGAGUGUCUCUGUUUCUUGAUCGGAACACUGUCUACGAUGCCGGCUGUAAAUACUUUUGCGCUUUACGCGUUUUUUUCCAUCCUAAUUAAUUUUUUCUUACAAAUAACAGCUUUUGUCAGCCUUUUGUCAUUAGACGCUCAAAGAUCCGAGAAUAAUUUAUUGGAUGUGUUUUGUUGCGUGAAAACGAAGGAAAAGCAGUUGGAAACCGAUCGGAAUCACAGUUUAAUACAAACGAUAUUUAAACGUUUUUAUACGCCUUACCUUAUGAAGACACCGAUCAGAAUAAUCGUAAUAAUCGUAUUCUCCGUGGUCUUAGUCGUACACGCCGUAACGAUACCAAAUAUAAGUAUCGGUUUGGAACAACAGUUGUCGAUGCCCACGGAUUCUUACGUGUUGAAAUAUUUCCAAUUUAUGGAGGAUCUAUUGUCGAUGGGUCCCCCUGUUUACUUUGUUCUAACUCCCGGGCUGAAUUAUAGCAAAAACAAGGUUCAAAAUAUAAUUUGCGGCGGUCAAGAAUGUAAUACCGAUUCUCUUUACACGCAAAUCUACUCUGCAUCGAAACAACCUGACGUUUCGUAUUUAUCGAAAGCAGCUUCCUCCUGGAUAGACGAUUACAUAGACUGGUCAACGAUUCCCCAAUGUUGCAUGUAUUUUCCGAGCAAUCAAUCCUUUUGUCCUCAUUGGAAUGUUGACACGUGUAAAGAGUGCGACAUUCGAAAAACCGACUCUCGACCAGACGCAAACAGUUUUCGAAAAUACAUACCGUAUUUUCUGGAAGACAUACCGGAUGAAAAUUGCGCGAAAUCUGGUCGGCCAUCGUAUCUCGAUGGAAUUAAUUACUACGUUGAUAAAUAUGGACUGACCGAUGUUGGCGACAGUUACUUUAUGGGUUAUCAUACUCCGUUAAAGAAAUCGUCGGAUUGGUACGAAUCCCUAAAGUCCGUGAGAACGAUAGCGGAAAACAUCACAACGAUGAUAAAUGACAAAAAUUUAACCGAUCAGAAGAUAACUGUAUUUCCAUACAGCGUAUUCUACGUCUAUUACGAACAAUAUCUCACAAUCUGGCAAGAAACUUUAUCAUCGUUGGGCUUCUCUCUCCUCGUCAUUUUUAUCGUGACAGCGUUUCUCACUGGACUCUCGUUAUUCUCGGCAGUAAUGGUGGUACUGACGGUACUCAUGAUCAUCGUAAACAUAGGAGGACUUAUGUAUUGGUGGAAUAUCCAAUUGAACGCGGUAUCUCUCGUCAAUUUGGUAAUGGCCGCUGGUAUUUCCGUAGAAUUUUGCAGUCAUAUUAUACAUUCGUAUUUACAUUCCACGGCAAGUACGAAAAUCGAUCGAGCCUCGGAGACUCUUAACGAAAUGGGAAGUUCCGUUUUCUCUGGAAUUACUUUAACCAAGAUCGUAGGAAUUAUAGUAUUGGCAUUUGCCAAAACUCAAAUCUUUGAAAUAUUUUACUUUAGAAUGUAUUUGGCUAUCGUGGUGUUUGGCGCCACGCAUGGUCUUAUAUUUUUGCCCGUAUUACUGAGUUUCAUAGGUCCCAAAGGACAUACAAGACGUAAAUAACAAAAGUUGAGAACUACGAAUAAUUUUUGUCUAACAAUUUACCAUUUACCAUUU